AGAGGAGCCCUGGCGCAACGCACUCUAGCUACCUCUGAGGACUGAACAUCUCCCUCCCCAUCUGGCUGCUUUUAGAAUGGGGCUGAGUUGGAGAUUGCGGUGAUGCUCACCUCCGCAGGCAUGGGCAUGAGAAGGUCCCUCAAGUCCGACCCGUCGGUGAAGUGGAGGAAAGGAGAGCUGGUUGGGCUGGGGCUGGGGCAUCCCCCACUCCUCUGAUGCUACAGAUGCAUACCAAACCGGGGUCAGAAUGAGGACUGGAAUGAGGGCCAGGAAGAGGGCGUCCUAUGAAGUGCAUCAUCAGAACCCGAGCUGAGUCAGUAGCCUCCGCUGAGACAGGGUGGAGGCACCAUCCUGGGUCCUCCCAGUCCUCGGGGAGAGCCAUCAGGAAACAGGAGAAACAGACUGGGAGCAGACAGGAGCACCGAGGCCCAAGAGGUUAAGAAUCCUGCUCCUUCCGCUGUGACCCUGCCCAGCCCGGCUCCGUGGCCCUGGAAUCCUGUGCACUCCUACAGGUAGAGUGGAACCACCCCAGGGCAGCUCGGUCUUCUCCUGCCCAUGAGGCUCCCAGUCCCCACUGAGUGCCGCCCUGAAGGAUGUCCCAGCUCUCCUCCACCCUGAAGCGCUACACAGAAUCGGCCCGCUACACAGAUGCCCUUUACGCCAAAUCAGGCUAUGGCACCUACACUCCCUCUUCCUAUGGGGCCAACCUGGCUGCCUCCUUCCUGGAGAAGGAGAAGCUUGGUUUCAAACCGGGCCCCCCCACCAGCUUCCUCACCCGUCCUCGUACCUAUGGCCCCUCCUCCCUCCUGGACUAUGACCGGGGCCGCCCCCUGCUGAGACCCGACAUCAUCGGGGGUGGUAAGCCGGCGGAGAGCCAGACUCGGGGCGCUGAGCGGCCUUCAGGGAGUGGACUCAGCGGGGGCAGUGGAUUCCCUUAUGGAGUGCCCAACAAUUCCCUCAGCAACCUACCCAUGAAUGCCUGCAACCAGGGGGUCACCCUGACCCAGAAGAAGUCGAACAGUAAAUCAGACCUGGCCCGAGAUUUCUCCAGCCUCCGGACCUCAGACAGCUACCGGAUAGACCCUGGAAACCUGGGCCGCAGCCCCAUGCUGGCCCGCACACGAAAGGAGCUGUGUGCCCUGCAGGGGCUCUACCAGGCAGCCAGCCGCUCUGAAUACCUGUCGGACUACCUGGAGAAUUAUGGUCGCAAGGGCGGUGCACUUCAGGUGCCCAUCCAGACCCCUCCCUCACGAGUCCCUGAAGUCCUCAGCCCCACCUACCGACCCAGUGGCCGUUACACUCUGUGGGAGAAGGGCAAGGGCCAGGCCCCUGGGUCCAGCCGCUCCAGCUCCCCAGGGCGAGACACCACGGAAUCCUGCUUCAGGACCUGUGCCCUCGACGAUGGGCCAGCAGUGCUCUCGGAAAUGCUCAGCUACCCCCACAUACACUGUGAUUCUUACCCUCUACUUUUCCACCCAGCAUGCCAGGGUCCCCUGCAGGCCCUGCCCCAUCCUGGACUGAACGCCCCCAGACCACCAGUGCUCCCUGUGAAUUCCAAGAGCGCCCAGGGUCUGGCUGGUCUUCGAAACCUUGGGAACACGUGCUUCAUGAACUCCAUUCUGCAGUGCCUGAGCAACACCCGGGAGUUGAGAGAUUAUUGCCUCCAGAGGCUCUAUAUGCGGGAUCUCAGCCACAGCAGCAAUGCACACACAGCCCUCAUGGAAGAGUUUGCAAAACUAAUCCAGACCAUAUGGACUUCUUCCCCCAAUGACGUGGUGAGCCCAUCUGAGUUCAAGACCCAGAUCCAGAGAUAUGCUCCGCGCUUCGUCGGCUACAAUCAGCAGGAUGCUCAGGAGUUUCUUCGCUUUCUUCUGGAUGGGCUCCACAAUGAGGUGAACCGAGUAACAGUGAGGCCAAAGUCCAACGCUGAGAACCUCGAUCAUCUUCCUGAUGAUGAGAAAGGGCGACAGAUGUGGAGGAAAUAUCUAGAACGGGAAGACAGUCGGAUUGGGGAUCUCUUUGUUGGGCAACUAAAGAGCUCCCUGACGUGUACUGACUGUGGUUACUGUUCCACAGUCUUUGACCCCUUCUGGGACCUCUCCCUGCCCAUCGCUAAGCGAGGUUAUCCUGAGGUGACUUUAAUGGACUGCAUGAGGCUCUUCACCAAAGAGGAUGUGCUUGAUGGCGAUGAAAAGCCCACAUGCUGUCGCUGCCGAGCCAGAAAACGAUGUAUAAAGAAGUUCUCCAUCCAGAGGUUCCCAAAGAUCUUGGUGCUCCACCUGAAGCGGUUCUCAGAAUCCAGGAUACGAACCAGCAAGCUCACAACAUUUGUGAAUUUCCCCCUAAGAGACCUGGACUUGAGAGAAUUUGCCUCAGAAAACACCAACCAUGCUGUUUACAGCCUGUAUGCUGUGUCCAAUCACUCCGGGACCACCAUGGGCGGCCAUUAUACAGCCUACUGCCGGAGUCCAGUGACGGGCGAAUGGCACACUUUCAAUGACUCCAGCGUCACACCCAUGUCCUCCAGCCAAGUGCGCACCAGCGACGCCUAUUUGCUCUUCUACGAAUUGGCCAGUCCACCCUCCCGCAUGUAGCAGCGAGGAGCUACAUCCCUUUUUCCCUUCCCCAUGGUGGCCCCACACCCUAAGUUUUUUUUUAAAACGACAAAAAAAAAAAAAGCCUGACAAAUAAGAGAAAAAUAAACUAAAGCUGCCGA